GCACUUCUACUAGGUUUCACUUGAUUCAUCAACAAAACAACUUAUUUAUCCAACCGGUGAUCAAUUCUCAUAAAAAAAAAAAAAUCUCUUCAGAAUAUUGUCAUAUAUUUCUUAUGAAAAAUUUAGAGAUGAAACCUAACUCAAGGAUUGAUGUCCUGACCGACGGCCGUCCAAAAAGGAUAACCGGGUCUACUAAUACAGAGCUGGCGGCAACAAAGAACAACGCGGCGGCGACGGCGGCGACAGCGAUCAGGAUAGGAGUCAUAUAACUGAUUUGAUUUUGUCCGACUUGUUGUGUAGACUUCCCAGUUAGGAUGUUUUCAGAUUUAAGUCCGUUUGUAAACGAUGGCUUUCUUUCAUAUCCGAUCCUUCCUUUUGCAGUUUGUAUUUUUCCCGUCAGCCAUCUGGUCAACCUUCCCCCUUCGUGAUUUUUGACUCUCAAAUUGGAUUGGUUCACAGUGAAGAAAGAAAAGAUCCUAAAUCCUUCAUCAACAAAACCAGAACCGGGAAUUUCCCACAGUUUCGUAAGGUUAAUUUACCAAGUCUUAGUGAAAGAAACAAUUAAAACACGAGUUAGGGUUUCGUGUCGUAGCAGCUGAUAAAGGGUUUCUUUUGCUUGAGAAGCAGAAGCGGGUUCCAAAUCAUAAUGGUGAUGCAGAAUAUUAUAUCUGCAAUGCUGUAACCAAGCUAUGGUUCACCCUUCCUGCAGUUAGGGUUUUGAGCAGCUCAAUCAAAGUAGGGUUUGUGGCACAAAUUGAAGGUGGUGUAGCUCUCACUGGUUAUAGGGUAGUGAUACUUGAUUCCAAAAUCAAACCCUCCAACCUAAGGUUCUUUGACGCUCAAAUGUUUUCUUCAGACACUGGGAUAUGGGUGGGUUUGAAAGUGGAGCGUCCAUUUGCGAUAUCCUACUUUGAUGUGAAAGCCGCCAGACCCGUGGUUGCAAACACCACCAUUUACUGGUUUGCAUGCGUGGGGGGAAAUCUUAGCCUAUGAUCCUUUCGCGAAUCCCACCAAGUUACGCGUUAUCGGGAAUCCGAGUGCCGGCUUUGGGCAUUCCGGGUUGUUUCCUUCCGAAUGGGCGGCUCAAAUAUGUGGAGUAUAGUAAUGGAUUAAAAAUAGGGGAACUAUGUGACAACGACCAAUGGGGGAUCCGACAUUCAAUUAGGAUUGAAGAUAUGAUAUUUAAGAAGAAUAUUUCUCCCGAUGACAUCAUCAUACUUAUAUCUAUUCAUCCCUUUGAUCCAGAUGUUGUGUUUUUGUGUUGGAGGGGGUGCAGGAAUUUGGUUGCGUACAACGUGAAAACCAAGGUGACGGAAUCACUUAAUGAAUAUUGGCCUUGUGAAGGUUACGACUACCCCUUGUUAGGUUUCUUCCAAGUGCUUCCGCUUUGGCCCGUUUCAUUUCAUCCCUUCUUAUGUUUUGGAACUGAUGACUGGUUCAUCGCUGAAUGAUUUUGCCUUCUUAAGGUAAUAUUGAUGCAUUAAUGUUUGAGAUCAUCUUGCAUCACAUCAACACUUCGUGUUUCUGUAGAAUGCAUUAAUUUUACCUUUGAAAUUUUGUUUGAUAUUUUUUCCAAGGGAUUUUGGUUCAAAGAUUUUUAUAUAGUUUGAAGUAUUACUAUAGUUUAAUUAAUGUUGGUUUGAACCGUUUAAGUUGUUCAUUUUAUCGGUUUAUAUAGAUGGAACCAGCGGUGAAACAUGAGUAGCCUCAACAGAUGCAAAGAAUGUGGGAACUACAACAAGACGAAGAUAAAUGGCACCUCCAACUCCUGCUUAUCCUCAACAGAUGCAAAAAUAAUCCCAAUUUUUAAAUGGGUUAGGUCCAUAUCCAUGUUUCCUAGCGAGCCUUUCUCUCUAUGUUUACAGGGUAGGAGGAGUGAUCUUAUUGAGUUAGCUAUCAGACUGAGUUUUGAAAGGGCGUGAUUUUUGGUAACUUAAGGAACAGUUUUAUUUAUUUAACAAUAUGAUUUUUUUAUAAUCCGGUUGCUGCUAUUCUUUUUUUUUUUUGGGCGCUCAUUGUUCGAGAAAUUAUUGUCCGAAUAAUCCAAAUUCAAAUCUGAGUAAGUUUUUUUCGAGAGGUAAAACUCUCCCAUCAAGUAUUGAUAUUAUUUAUUUUUAUCUUUUUAUUACAACAAAAAAAGUUAACCGCCUAAGGAAUUAAGUUAAAAGAUUUCAUGAGUAAGUGACUCACCAAGUCCUGGGUAAUUAAAAGACUGCUAUUAUUCUUUCAUAUAUUUGGUUUGUGUUAGUUUUGACUUUUGACUAAUUAUAGUUUUCUGGAAAUUGACCGUUGAUUAUUUAUCCACGAGUUUUAUUUAAUUACAAAGACGUCCAAACUUAUUAAAAAUUAUUUUUAUUCCCCUAUUGUUUCUCUUUCAUUAUGAUUGUGCUUAAUUGAGAAGGUAUCAGCUUCCUGAACUUGGUUGGUUGUCGGACGGAAUUCUUACGAAUUGGUUCGAAUACUGCUCCCGGCUGGAGAAUCCGUUGAUCAAGAUGCAGAAGUGGUUUACAUCGGCCGCAGCCGCAGCCGGCGGAGAUGUUAGUACUAAUCAGCCAGCAACAACGUCGUCGACCUCUUCAUCUCCUUCUUUACUUUCAGAUUGGAACUCCUACGCAGCUUCUAGAUCCUCCGAAACCACCACCAGCUCCCUCCUCCCUGGAUUCGACAUCGAGUCCGCGGUUCGGUCUGCCAACGACUCCGUCUCCGGCACUUUCAGCUCUGUCACUAAAGGGGUCAGAGAAUUGCCUGGAAGUUUUCAGUCAGCAACUAGUAAUAUACCGUCAGGAAAAUCUCUGAUGUAUUUUGGUUUGUUUCUGGCCGCUGGAGUAUUCUUCAUAUUCAUGGCGUUUGCGUUGUUCCUCCCAGUCAUUGUCCUGCUACCUCAGAAAUUUGCCUUAUGUUUUACCGUUGGAUGUGGUUUUAUAAUUGGAUCAUUUUUUGCACUUAGAGGUCCAAAGAACCAGUUCUCUCACAUGUCAUCGAAAGAGCGACUACCUUUCACGUUGGGAUUCAUUGGCAGCAUGAUGGGUACAAUAUAUGUUUCCAUGGUCCUUCACAGCUAUAUCCUCUCUGUUCUCUUUUCUGGGUUACAGGUUUUGGCUCUAGCAUAUUAUGCUAUCUCGUACUUUCCCGGAGGAUCUACUGGACUGAAGUUCAUAACGUCUUCCUUGACCUCUUCAGUAUUGAAAUGCUUCGGUAGAUAAUCAUGACUCCUGAGUCCUGACUCCUGGUAUUUUCCGGCCUUUCUCCACACACAUUUUUUUUGUUAAAACUGGAUGACUGAUAGAUACUAAAAGAGUACAAGUUGUAUCAACAGAGUUGAAGCUGGCUUGUUGUAGUAUCUGAGGUACAUAGUUAAAAAAUUACACGCGCUAAUCGUUUGAGCUGCCAGCUCAAUUGUAAUCCUUAUUGUGUGAAAUAUUAUGCAUUUUGAUUGCAAUUUUAUUACCAAGCAAUCUUAUCGAUUUCUUUCACAGCAUUUCACUAUCUUUAAGCUUCCGAA